AUGGUCGCUGCUGUGUACAUUCUCCAUUGGCCCGAUCCGGAAUUGGAGUUCAGGCGUUCCGAGGUACUCUUGCACCGCAAUUAUGUCAAUGACAUUCCUGACGCCCAUGCACUAGUCUCUCGCUUUAACCUCAUAUACAAAAAGUUGGAGGCCUACAACCGCAGCCCGUGCAUCCAUGACAAUGGGCUCAACUACAUCUAUAUCUGGGGUAAGAACGACAUCAUGUUUCUUACUGUUGCUCGCACCAACAUCAACGUGAUGCUGACCACGGUCUUUCUCAGUCAGUUUUACCUGAUUCUUGAACGGUAUUUCAAGCUGAAGUUGACGCAUGGCACAAGCUCUGAUUCACUGGGCUCUUCCGUCUCGCGAGAUACGAUUGUGGACAAUUUCCCGCUCAUAUAUGAGCUUUUGGAUGAGUGUAUGGACUUUGGAGUCAUACAGCUCACUGAUUACAAUAUUCUCAAAGAGUACAUCAAGAUGGAAGUCAACCUGGCAACGUUAUCCCCUCUGCAUGCAAUUAGUGACUCUGAAUCUGAUAUGGAACAAGAAACCAGCAAGAAAUCAGACAAGUCAGAAAAGAAGAAGAAAUCGAAAAAGAAAGAAGUCAAAUCAACGCAUAACCAUGCUGUCCAUGUGACAACGGCCACAGAUCAUCUCAUAAACAGCUCGAUUUUACGAACACAAUCUCUGGCUGUCAGUUGGCGACCCAAGGGUAUCUUCUAUCUGAAGAACGAAAUUUACAUUGACAUCAACGAGAGCUGUGAGUUUCUUUAUGACCUUGAGUCGGACACUGUCAAAAUCAACGAAGUUCGAGGGUAUUGUGCUAUCCGAUCAUAUUUGUCGGGAAUGCCAGUGUGCAAACUCGGGCUCAAUGAAAAGUAUAUAUCACAGGUGGAACAUGAAGAGAUUGAAGAGGAUGAAAAGUUCGAGGAAGAGGAAGAGAAGAUAAACAUGGAAGGUAACAUGCUUGUCCAGAAUGAAGAUGCAAACUCGGAUGAAGAAGGCGGGAUAGAUGGAGAGACGGUUAAAACUGCGGAAGAGGAUCAAAAGGAAGUUAAGGAAAAGAUUGGCAUUGUGAGUCAAGAAAAGGAUGACGAAAAUACACCGGCUCAACAGUCGAUUGAAAAUGAAACUUCAAAGAGCAGUGACUCGGAGAACACUUCAAAGAACAAAACAGUCCGCAAACUAAAAGUGCCCAUCUCCAAUGUCCAAUUUCACCAGUGCACAGAACUUUCUUCGCUUUACAAGAAAAACUUAAUUGUCUUCACGCCCCCAGACGAUGAGUUUGAGCUUCUAUCAUACAAGGUGGAGCAGCGACGCCAUCAAAAGAAGAAGCCACUUAUUAUGAUCCAGCCCAAAUACCGCAUUCAUGAACAGAAAGUGCAAAUCAUGUGCACACUUUCCACUAGCUUCAAACGAAGACUCCACUGUCGAAAUCUAGUGGUGCGGCUUCCAGUAGACCCAAAUAUAUUUGAGCUUGAUGAAAGCGCUCAAGACGAUUUCCGGUUUCGUGCCGAGUUGGGUGAAGUUCAGUACAAGGUUGAUUCAAGUGAGAUUUUGUGGAAAAUCUCUGACCUUCCUGGUUCACGCCAAUCGGUGCGGAUGAUGGCAGAGGUUGUGCUUGGGCCGCGCAAAGUGACUGAGGAAAGUGUGCGUGCGGUUUUCUUCAACCGCGACUCGACGUCGAUGCGGCAGAAUUCGCGCCCAGAUUCGCUCACAGAGUUGGGCGAAGAACAAAGUGCGCGCGAUUCUGCCCUUGAAGAAUUGGACCGAUACUAUGGUGUUGGAGGCGCAAAUACCACGCUGUUCCGUGCCGCACAAAGAGAAAAUGGCCAGCUGGCAGAUCGAAAUGCCUCUGUGGAAUUUGAAAUUCCCAUGUUCACGUACUCGGGUCUCAAAGUGACCUAUUUGCGGGUGGACGAGGAUGUCAUGAAGUAUACGUGCUUCCCAUGGGUGCGCUAUGUCACUCGUGGCGGGCGGGACUGCACACAGUACCGAUUCAAGAUGGGGCCGCUGUGUUUUGAGUGGAAAGAAUAA